AUGAUACAGUCACGGAAACCUGACGAAUGGGCCCCUGAAGAAGAUGACAUAACCUCAUUAUCGAAUGUAUAUGACGGGCAGUUGCAAUGUGAUGAGGAGACCGAGAUUCUUAUGGAAUUAGAGGCAGUACCAGAAUCUUUGGACGGUGGCAUACCAAGUGAUGUAAAAAUGAUUGCAGUAGCAGUAGAUAACAAUGAUGAACCGAUGCUAUUCGCUGAAAACGUAGGAGAUGAAAUUAUUCCAGUUGUUGACAAAGAAUACGAAAAAAAUGAUACUUUGGAAAGUUGUAGUAGUGAUAGUAAGCACCCUAUUGCCAAUACUGUCCUAACAGAGUAUCAUUCAGACUUGAAUUACCAAACCGAAACAUGUAGUAGUUCCAAUGAAUCUGUAUCUUCUGCAGCUACUAUUGAAAAAAAAGGAAGAAAACGUUCCAGAAACUGUAAAAAAUGGAAGAACAACAUCAGAAAAACAAAGAAAGCAGCAGGCGAGGAAUAUGUGUCAGCAAAACAGAAAGUAAUUCCCGCAAAAAGUAUGAAACUACCCUGUGGUGUUGAUUGUAAGAAGAAGUGCACUCUAAAUAUCUCAUCUGAUGAUCGAGCUUCAAUUUAUUCCCAGUUUUGGAGCAGUGAGCUACUUGUGGACCAGAAAAGGCAAUUUAUUGCUGGUUGCAUAGAAGAAGUUCCAGUGCAACGUGUUCGUACUAGAACUGGGUCACGUGCUGGUAAACGCAAAUAUUCAUUGAGAUAUUUUUUCACGGUGAACGGCAAAAAGAUUAGUGUCUGUCGUACUUUCUUUAUCAACACUCUAAGCAUCUCUCAAACAUCAAUCCGCUUUGCAUUAACAAAAAGACUGAGCAGCGGCGUUGUGAUACCUGACCAAAGGGGCAAACACGAACCACCAAACAAAAUUGGUCCUGAAGUGAGGAACAUCAUAAGAGAACACAUUCAGAAGUUCCCAUGUGUAGACUCUCAUUACUCACGGAAUAAAAGCCAGAGGCGCUACUUGGGAAGUCAUCUCAGUAUCUCCAAAAUGUAUCAAUGCUUUUAUGAAGAAUGUAUAGAAAAGAAAUUGAGUCAAGCAGAAAUCCCGAAACAGUGGUUAUACGCAGAUAUAUUUAACACCGAGUUCAAUCUGUCAUUCAAAGAACCGGACAAUGACACCUGCGAUACAUGCGAUGAAUUUCUUAUCAAGUUGAAAGAUGCUGGAUCAGUGGAAGAGCGAAAUGAAUUACAAAAGAAGUAUGAAGCUCAUCUUCUGGAUGCUGAUAACCGUUACAAGUAUAAACGAAAAGACAAAGAGGGAGCUAGAGCUCAACCAGGUAUAAAAAUGAUAACUGUUGAUUUACAAAAAUGUCUUGCUACACCUUUGCUAAAAAAUUGUCAAAGUUUCUACUCCCUCAAAUUAUGGACGUUUAAUUACACUAUUUAUGAUGCAACAGACAAAUCUGCAGAUUGCUUUGUUUGGGAUGAGUCAGUGGCCGGUCGUGGAGGUAAUGAGAUGGCUUCAUGCAUGAUGAGAUAUAUCUUAGAUCUUCCUAAUUCGAUUGAAAGGAUUAUAAUUUGGAGCGACAAUUGUCCUUCUCAAAAUAGAAACCAGCAGAUGAUCAUGUGUUAUUCUUACCUACUUAUGAUGAAGCCUUCUUUGAAAUGCAUUGAGCAUAAGUUUCUUUUGCGCGGACAUACCCAUAUGGAGGCAGAUACAGUACAUGCAAGAAUUGAAAAACAAAUCAAGUCACUACCUCAGUUCCAAAUAUGUACACCGUGGGAUUGGCAGCAGCUAAUCAGGUUGUGUGGUCCUAAUAUAGCCGUAAAAGAAAUGGAAACAGAUAACUUCAAAAAUUUCAAUGAUCUACAAGGAUGUAUUUUUCAGUCAAAGAAAAAAACAGUGACAAACCAAACAUUUUUUGUAUCAAAAGUGGUGCACAUGAAAUUUUUGGCGGAAACACCUGGAGUAAUGCAUUUCAAAACAAAAUUCUGUCAAGAAAAUUUCGAACAGAUCGACUACCAUAGAGUUAAUCGCAGAUCAACACGACAAUUGAAUAAUCCCAGUACAUCCAGUUUGCCCACGCUGCUGCCCAUAAGAAAUGAUCCAAAACCAAUUUCCACAAAAAAAUACACUGAUUUGCAAAAACUAUUGAAAUGGGUGCCGCAGCGCUUCCAUGGUUAUUAUAAAAAUCUUCGCCAUGAGGCAGUUCAUGAAGAUGACUAG